AUGCACCAGAAUUUGCAUGUGUUUAUGCCGCAGAUACGCAUGAAAAGCAAGCCAAUUCAGAAUCUGUCUAUUCGGAACAAGUUGCAGCUGACACCGGCAUUGCUUCGACGACGCGUCGGCAACAGGAAUGAG